UCGUGGACUCAGCGCUACGUCAGCAGUGAUACAGAAACAUGGCGGUGUCCAUAGCCCUGCGCCGGGCUACUAACCCUCCUCUCUUCUUAUUAACUUUUCUCACCACGUUAAUAUUUCACCCCAGCGUCGCCGACAUCUCCACGAGUGCCUCGACCACAGAAGAGUUCCCUCACCGCCGCUUUGAGUACAAAUACAGCUUCAAAGGACCCCACCUGUCUCAGGCGGACGGCAGUAUCCCCUUCUGGAUCCACACUGGAAAUGCCAUUCCAAGUGCAGACCAAGUGCGCAUCACGCCAUCCCUCAGGAGUCAGAGAGGAUCUGUGUGGACAAAAAACAAAGUCAACUUUGAGCACUGGGAGGCCGAGGUGACCUUCAGAGUAUCUGGAAGAGGCAGAAUGGGAGCAGAUGGUUUGGCGGUGUGGUUCACCACUACACAAGGCCUGGAUGGUCCGGUGUACGGAGCUGCUGAUCAGUGGAAUGGAUUUGGCGUCUUCUUUGACUCUUUUGACAAUGAUGGAAAGAAAAACAACCCGGCUAUAAUAGUUGUUGGGAACAAUGGAAACCUUGUUUAUGACCACCAAAAUGACGGCAGCACACAAGCCCUCGGCACAUGUUUACGGGACUUCCGCAACAAACCCUAUCCUGUCAGAGCCAAAAUAACGUACUACAAGCGGACACUGACGAUCCUGAUCAACAACGGUUUCACUCCAGACAGAGAGGACUAUGAGUUCUGCACAAAAGUGGACAACAUGAUCAUUCCUAGCGAGGGCUUCUUCGGCAUUUCAGCCGCUACCGGUGGUUUAGCAGAUGACCACGAUGUUUUGUCCUUCUUGUUAUUCAGACUCACAGAGCCGGGCCAGCAGCCGCCUCCAGUCGAUUCUGAGAUUCCUAAAGAGGAGAAGGACAAGUACCAGGAGGAAUUUCAGAACUUCCAGCAAGAGCUCGAUAAAAAGAAAGAGGAGUUUCAGAAAGAGCACCCAGACGUCCAAGGAGAGCCGAUCGAGGAUUUGUACGAGAGCGUGAACGACCGGGAGAUCCGUCAGGUGUUUGAAGGCCAGAACCGGAUCCAUCUGGAGAUCAAACAGCUCCACCGGCAGCUCGCUAUGAUUCUGGAUGAGCAGCGUCGGUACGUCUCCGCCAUCACGGACGAGGUCGCCAAGAAAGGGACGAACGCUGAGUCAGGACAGGCGGAUUCUUCCAGUCAACAGCUGGGCUCCAUCCUAGCAACACAACAGGAUGUCCUCAGAAAUCUGAACGAGCUGAAAAACUCUUUUCAUGACUCGCUGAAACAGAUCGGCUCUGUCCAGCAUCAGGGUAACGCCGGUGGACUGGGGUCGUACGAGACUAUUCAGCACUUCAACGACAUUAAGGAACAUCUGCACACAGUCAAGAGAGACGUGGAGCACCUGGUCCAGCGUAACGCUCAGAAUCCUGCUGAAAAGGUCAUGAAAUGCCCCGAGGUGCCUCCCAUGCCCUCCUGUUUAUCCACUGUUCAUUUUGCGAUCUUUGUCGUCAUCCAGUCAGUCCUGUUCUUCUGCUACGUCAUGUACAAAAGUCAACAAGAAGCAGCGGCAAAGAAAUUCUUUUGAUGAAAUGCGUUUAUUAAACAAGCCUGUGUGAAUGAGGGAAUGUCCAUUUUUCAUAAUUUUUUUUUUUUUUUGAUUACUUUCAGAUCGUAAGUUAUUGUACUUGAAAAUAAUUGGUUUUGUUGAAUACGUUUGUUUUAAUUCAUUGAAGAAUUUUAAUUUGAUCAGGAUAAUGUGUAUGAAUACCAGCGUGAAAUUUGUUGUUCUGGAUUUUCAACAAGAUGUGACAUGUUCUUUACAGUAUUUCUGGCUGGUCAGGUCCAUUAGAUUUUGUUUGCAAAAGCUGAUUUCUGCCACAGUCCUAUUUCACAAAAGUAAACCGACAACAAAAGAACCUGUGUUUUUGAAAUGUGCAAUUUUGUAUAAAGUAUUACAAAAAUGCUGGUGGUGACGACCCAGACAUCGGAUUUCUGCCUCUGUUUAUAUGUUGUGAUUCAGUCAAACAUCCUCCAUCUGAACAAUUUACUUAAACAGUAAACACAAAUUCCUCCAGUCUGUGCUUUUUGUUUGAUUAACUGAGAAACAUGGCACUCAUACUGCGUCUUUUUCAAAUUACUUUUGCACGUUACACGACAUUCGUCAUUGCUCCGAGUAUUUUAUUGAAAAGCCACACUGAAGGCAAAUUGCACCACUAGAGCAGCUGUUCAAUAUGUUCAUUUAUUAUUAUUAUGUAUUUACACAUGACACACCUUGCAUUUACAAGCAGGAUAUAGACAUUUUUGUAUGACAAAUUAUGGUGGAGUGUGUUGAUAUGACUAAAGUUAUAGGAACAGAUAAAAAGCACAAUCGUUAUAUGAUUAAGAAACUUCCUGAGCACCCUGGACCCUGUUCUUUUUUCUUUUCUCAGAUAAAAAUGUUUAUUCCUGUUUUUCUCAGUCCCUAUCUUUUGCUGCAUUCAUAACUGAUGGAUUACAAAUUAGAAUGACAGCUGCAUAAAUACACACAUAUAUGGAUGGAGUCGUAGAAGAAGACGGCAGAGAGUCAAAAGAAGGAGAAGAAGAGACACAGAAAGGUGUCUAGUGACGGCGACGCUUCAGAAGAUUUGGAAAAGCAAGACCUUCCCCAUCCAUUGCCUAAUUUAAGAGAAUUGAUAGAUGUUAUCGCUCUAAGAAUGAUUCAAAUGCGUGUUUUAACCUAAAAUCCACGAAUUUCUGCCGUUCAAGCACACAGAGCUGUUAAAACCAAAGCUGUUCAGUCUAGAUUAUUCUGUCAGAACUUUUUUUUUUCCAUUUUGCAAGAUUAUCAAUGGAUGUAUUGUUUCAUUAAUGGCAAAAAAACUUUUUUACAAAGUA